AUGAAACUGGGAGGUACUGCUGACUCUCUCAGGGGACAAGAGGCCUUGCAGAGGGAUCUGGAUAGGUGGGAGCACUGGGCAAUCAUCAACAGCACGAAACGGAACAAGACCAGAUGCUGGAUUCUGCACCUGGGACGACAAAUGCCUGAGCUGUUUCUCUUGGAAAAACAUGCUAAAAGACAAGAGCCUGAGUACAACAGUACUCCCUCAGAGAGAUCCAUCUGGCCCAACACUCCGUCUCCAAAGUGGCCAACCAUCAAUGUCUCCAGGAGAGCCUAUGAGCAGCGCAAGCCUACUUCUGCCAGGGCCCUGGACCCGCUCAUAGGCCUCAAUGGCUGGGACCGGCUUCCCCUGGGACCUCCACCCCCACCGUCUCCUGCCAAGGGCCCAGGGGACGUGUCUCAGCUGGGCCUGGGCCUGGCAAAGGCAAGGCACAGAGCUGCACAAAGCAGCAGCAGGAACACAGGCCAAGCACAUCGGUACCGACCACACAUGAAAGAAGAAGAAGAAGAAGACGAAGACGACAAAGAAGAAGACGAUGAAGAAGAUGACGAAGAAGACGAAGAAGAUGAUGAAGAAGACGACGAAGAUGAUGAAGAAGACGACGAAGAAGAAGAAGACGAAGAAGAAGAAGACGAAGAAGAAGACGAAAAGAAGACCAAAGACGAGGAAGACGAAGAAGAAGAAGAAGAAGAUGAAGAAGACGAAGAAGAAGAAGAAGAAGAACACGAAGAAGAAGAACACGAAGAAGAAGACGAAGAAGACGAAGACGAAGAAGAAGACGACGAAGAAGACGACGACGACGAAGAAGAAGACGACGACGAAGAAGAAGACGACGAUGACGACAACGACGAUGACGACGACGACGAAGAAGACGACGAUGACGACGAAGAAGAAGAAGACGACGACGCUCAGUACAUUAACACUCCUCAGGAACAUGGGAAACUGAAGCUCAAUUGUCUCCUGAGGAGAGCUGCAGCUACUCCAAGAUGGCUCAUCAACUAUCAGCCAAAAUAUAUUCCAGAGUACAUGACGCUCCAUCUGGCUCAGAAAGAGAACUUCCAAGCUUUCGUCUUAACUGAAGGCUCACAAGGAACAGAUGGAACACUCCUCAGGAAGAGGCUGAAGGAGAGUGUAGGGCCCCAGAUAGCAAAAGCAUAUGAGGAAGAAAUUAAUUAG